AUGAAUACUUAACAAAUAUAAUAUUUCUAUAAGCCUCCAACUAGUCCAUAGCAAUUUACAUCCAGAAUGUAUAAUUACUAUUAAACAUCUAAAAAGGACAAUUAUUGAUUAGAUUUCUCCCAUCAGAGAUAUUAUAUUACCAAACACCAAUCGUGCAAGCCAAAAUACUACCAGAAAUAGUGCUAGAGGUAUUCCUUAAUUGAUUACUACUAAAACUCAGCCUUCAAUCACAAGGGAAUCUUGUUAAAUCACUAGAGAAUCUAUUCAUAUUAAAUAAACUUCUUAAAUGCCUAUAGAUUAUAUUUCUAAAGCUAUUUUUUAAUUAACUUAAAUUAAACAGAAAUAUGAUAAAACACUUGAAUCACAAAUUGAUUCCAUUAUUAUAAUGCUUAAGACUUAAACUUUUGAUAAAGAAAACUAUAAUCCUAAUCAAGAGCUGAAAUAGCAAAUUAUCUCUCUUUAAUCAAGCAACGAAAAACUAUAAAAUGAACUUCUUCAUAAAAAAUGUGAUAAAAAAACCAUUUAAAAUUUAGAAUAAGUUAUUCUUAAUCUUGAAUCUUAAUAAAAAUCCAUUACUAAUUAAAGAGAUAGUCUUAAAGCAGAGAAUGAAAAAUUAUAACUAAAAUUAUUAAAUAAAGAACAACUAUUCAUAUCCUUAUAAUAGGAAGUAUAAUAAUAAAGAAACUCAUACUAACCUUAUGAAUUACUUUAUAAUUAAUAGAAAUAAAAAAUUUUAGAACUAGAAGAAUUGAUAUCUUCUUUUAAAUAAAUUAACUGCUAGGAAAAUGCAGUUAAAUAAUAAGAUUAUUAUGAUCUUAAAUGGAAAUUUGAAUAGUCAAGUAUUAAAAUAUUUAUAUAUUAGUCAUUGCUUAUUAAAGAAAAGACAAGGAUCUAUAAUCUAAAAUUGAAGAAAUCAAAAGACUAAAAAAUUAAAUUGAAUAGUUAUUAAAGAAAAAUCAAUUACUUGAAAUUAAAUUGCUUGAAAUAAUGGAAUCAGAAGUAAAACAAAGAAUAAUAUUAUGA